AUGGCAACGACCGACGACGAGAUCGAGGCCAUCGCGGUCGACAUGCACCUUCCCGCGACGUCGCCGAGCCUGCCAAGCGUCGUAGUCUACGCCAUCCUGCAGGCCAUGGAGGACGGACGGGACGUGGCCGCCUUUCUCGCAGCGCUGCCAGACGAGACGCUGCCGCCCGAGCUCGCUGCGCUCCGCGACCUCGGCGCUGUCGUCGACCUCGCCGACCACUGGCCAUUCGUCCGCGUGGUGCAUGUCCCGACAGAGUACGCUCGCGUCGCGAUUGCCGCGCUGCCUGCAUUUGGCGGCGUCCUCAUCGACCCUGGCUUUGCCGCGCUCGCGUGGCUCGAUGCCGAGCUGCCACCUGCGACGCUCGUGUAUCUCGUCUUGGACCCGUCAGUGUCUGGCGUCCCCGGCGCCUUUGCAUUCAACUGGGGCGACUGCAUUACCCAUGUCAUUGUCCAUGGCCACACGGUCGCGCCCGACCCGAUCCCCGACAUCCUCGCCCACUGCAUGCACGUCCAGUCUGUCUCGAUCGUGAGCGCGACGACGCCAGCCGCCGCGGCUGCGUACUUGGGAGCGAUCGUGACGACGGACUUGCGCACGCUCAGCGUGCACGUAGCAUCAACGGGCGCACUGGAUACGUCUGGCAUCGUCGCAUGGCUUCACGGACUUAAGGCCAUCUCCUUGUCAAUCACGUGCGACACGGUGGACGACCCAACGGCGCUCGCACAUGCGAUCCAUGCCUGCGCGACGAUGUGGUCCUUGAGCCUCGACGGCGCCAUGGACGUCCAAGGUGCCUUGGUGCGGUCACCCUACCACUUGCACCACAUCCGGACACUCACGUUGGUUCAAUCGACGGACCAGUACGUCGACGUCUUCGCCAAGCUCCAUCCAGACAACAUUGGCCACUUCUCGCUCAAAAAAGCCCAGGGCCAUGCGCUUGCGGUGCCUCGAACCAUGGGCGCGCUUCGCAAGUGCGCCGUCCUCGAGAACAUCGCAUUGGUGCAUGUGCACAUCUCGACCAUGUCGGCCCGUCUGCGAGACUGUUUCUGGCUCGCAUCGGCCACGUUCCAGCAGACAACGUUCGAGAACCCACAAGAUGUCGUGGCGACCAUGCGCUGGCUCUCGACCUCGCGCCAUCUCCGGUCGGUCGACUUGGAUGGCACCGUGCUCGGGAGGGCAGGUGUCGUGGAGCUGGCGCGGGCGCUGCCUCUCUGGAUGGCGACUGGGCUCAAGACGCUCGCGCUGCGUGGGUCGCAGAUCAAUGACAAGGAUGCGAUCGUCCUAGCGGUCGCGCUUGCGUCGGGCCGCAACCGCCGCCCCCUGACGAUCGCGAUGACGGGCAAUCAACUGACGGCCGCGUCGGCACCUGCGCUAUUGACGGCGCUGGCGGCCUGCUGCGAUGUCACGUUGCACGUGGGCAGCAUUUUUGUCGACUCGGAGCACUCAGCGACGGCGGAUGCGACCGAGACCAAGCGGGUCUGUACGCGCGAGGCUGCCACGCGCUCGCCGAGCCUGCCAAGCGUCGUGGUCUAUCUCAUUCUAGAAGCGCUUCGCGACGGGAAGAGCGUGACCGCCUUUCUAUCGGCCCUGCCGCCGUUGACGCUGCCGCCCGAGCUCAUCGCGCUCCGCGACCUCGGUGCUGUCGUUGACCUCGCUUGCCACUGGCCGGUCUUGCACAUCACCAAGAUUCCGAUCCAGUACGCGCGCCUCGGGGCCGCAGCGCUGCCCGUUUUCGCCGGUGUCUACAUUGACACUGGUUUUACAGCCCUCGAUUGGCUCGACGCAACGCCCCAGAGGGCCGUGACGCUGGUCGUGGACCCGUCCGUGCCUGGCACGCUCACGACGUUUGCGUACAACUGGGGCAACCGCAUCACGAACGUCGUUGUCAAGGGCCACAAGGUCAAGCCCGACCCGAUUCCGGAUCUGCUUGGUCGCUGCGUCAACGUGCAGAGUGCGAGCAUUGAGAGCGCCGCGACCCAAGCUGCUGCGGCCGCCUACCUUGCGGCCCUAUCGACGCAGCACUUGCGCACGCUCAAGGUGACGGCCAACGGGACGGGUCUGUUGGACACUAGCGCCAUCGUCGCCUGGCUCCAAGAACCCAGUGCGACGUCCCUUCACCUCGCCUGCGCCUCUGUGACAGAUCCGAGAGCGCUGGCCAGCGCAAUCCGAGCGUGCGCUACGCUCUCGACCUUGCAUCUGGACGGCGUUGUGGACGUGCAAGCAGCCUUGGCGACCGCCAGUGGCACUUUUGACCACGACGUCUCGGGGCUCUCGUUGCGCUCGUCGUCGGGAGAGCACGGGAUUCCGAUCCUCGCGAAUCUGGAUCGGACCAAAGUCGUCUCGUUUGCACUCGAGAACACCCAUGCGAAUGUGCUCUUGGUGGCCAACGCUCUUAGCACGAUUGGCGAGUGCACCGCGCUCGAGACGGUAACGCUCACGAAAUGGAGUCUGCCGGCGGUGACGACAACUACUGGUGCGUGCCCACGGCUCGUAACCGCGACGCUGCGUCAAUUGACGUGCGUACCGACGAGCGUCCCACGAAUCAUCCGGUGGCUCUCGACUUCCCGCCGCCUCACGGACGUGGAUUUCACGGGGACCGUGCUUGGCAGCGAUGGCGUCUUGGAGCUCGCGCGUGCGCUUCCUGCGUGGAUGGCGCGUGGCCUCCAGACGCUCCAACUUGAAGCAACGGGACUCAAUGAUAAAGAUGCGAUCGUCGUUGCGAUUGCGCUUGCAUCGAACCGCAACCGCAACCCGCUGACGAUCCACCUGACGGGAAACCAAUUCACGAUGGCGUCGGCGCCGGUGCUACUGACGACGCUGGGGGCUUCUCGCGACGUCACGUUGCAUUUGAACGGUCCUCUCGAGUACUCCAAGUAUAUCCCGUACCCAUACGACGAGGAUGAUCCAUAUGGGAGGCAUCUAGCUCGCUACAACCAGCGUGUCGAAGAUUCCCACAUCCUCGGAGACCUCAUCGAAGCGCAUAAGCUUCGGUACGUUUCGCCCGGCACAUAUAUGUCUCCAUCGCGCACCUCAUCGCCGUGGCACCCCAUCUGUUUGUAAGCAGCAAAUUCAGUACCUUGAUUUUCGCUA